GGGCGCGCGGCUGGCUGGGACUUUUCUCGUGCUGCUCCGCUGGGCGUUCUGCUAUGGCGCGGAAGUCGAAUCUGCCUUUGCGUCUCCUACCGUUGGUGCUGGGCAUCGCCCUGGCGCAGGGCUCCAGCCUCCUGCCGCUGGUCCUCAACACUUGGCCUUUUACGAAUGCAACAGCUGAAGCAUGGCGGACAUUAGAGUCUGGAGGUUCUGCCCUGGAUGCGGUUGAGCAUGGCUGUGCUGUGUGUGAGAGCCAGCAGUGCGGUGGCACAGUGGGCUAUGGAGGAAGUCCCGAUGAACUUGGGGAAACCACCCUGGAUGCCAUGAUCAUGGACGGCACUGCUAUGGAUGUGGGAGCAGUAGGAGACCUCAGAAGAAUUAAAAAUGCAAUUGGAGUGGCUCGGAAAGUCCUGGAGCAUACAACACACACGCUUUUAGUAGGGGAGUCAGCCACCAAGUUUGCUGAAAGCAUGGGUUUUACCAAUGAGAAUUUAUCUACCAGUGCCUCAAAAGCUCUUCAUUCAGACUGGCUUGCUCGGAAUUGCCAGCCAAAUUAUUGGAGAAAAGUUAUACCAGAUCCUUCAAAAUACUGUGGACCCUACAAACCAUCUGGUGUCUUGGAGAAGGGCAGUCCUGUUGAAAAAAAAGUGGAUAUCCAUGGUCAUGAUACUAUUGGCAUGGUUGUAAUCCAUAAGACGGGACAUACCGCUGCGGGCACAUCUACAAAUGGUUUAAAAUUCAAAAUACCUGGUCGUGUAGGAGACUCGCCAGUACCUGGAGCUGGGGCCUAUGCUGAUGAUACGGCCGGGGCAGCUGCUGCCACGGGGGAUGGCGACAUACUACUGCGCUUCCUGCCUAGCUACCAAGCUGUAGAAUAUAUGAGAAGAGGAGACAACCCAUUCACAGCUUGCCAGAAAGUGAUUUUAAGAAUUAAGAAGUAUUAUCCGGAAUUCUUUGGGGCUGUGAUAUGUGCCAAUCUGACAGGAAGUUUUGAACAAAACCGUUUACUACUGAGUCAGCCAGACAGGCCAGCAGAGGUACCGUGGCAGUGCUUGGUGCUGCUUGCAACAAACUUCCAACAUUUACUCAAUUUCAUUUCGUGGUUUAUAAUUCUCUACAAAGUCAGCCAAUGGAAGAAAAAGUAGACUGCAUCUAAUCCCUCUUGUCCAUUAGCAUGUGCGUUUAAAGAGGAAAGGAAGUAGGGCUGGGAAAGUUGCUCACCGACAUCAUGUAGUGGUCUUCAUUUAUUUCAAGUUCUUGUGUGACUUAAGCGCAAAAAUAAAUUAUGCUGCAGUGA